CCUCUCCCUCUCAAAGAAAUUUUCUAAGCCAUCGUUGCAUUUGAAGUGUAUGAAUUUCAAUGUGCACUCUUCGAUCUGGAUUGUGAAUUUGAUCGCCAUACAAGGGUUGAAGAGAAGGUGAAGGACACAAGGGUAUGCCCUAAUUUCUUGAUUCUUUUAUGGCGCCGUGUGUUUUUCUUUCUUCUGGUGGGUGUACUUGGAAUAUGAUCAUUUCAUUUUACUUGGUUUGUGGGUUCUUUUAAAGUUUGUACCUUGUAUGCAUUUUGGUGUCGAUUUUGUUUAUGGUUAAUUGCCAUUUGUGCUGAUGACAAGGGAAUUCUGUUUCAUUUUCGGAUACCAGUGUCUUAAUUUUGAUGAUUCAUGUUCAUGACAACUAUGAUGCCACACAUUCUUUAACAUAGAAAAUGACAUUCUACGCCAAACAAGAUUCGGUUCAUGAUUAUCUCUUCAAGAUUGUUCUAAUCGGCGAUUCAGCUGUUGGGAAGUCAAACUUGCUUGCUAGAUUUGCGAGAAACGAGUUCUACCCAAAUUCAAGAUCAACCAUAGGAAUAGAAUUUCAAACUCACAAGAUUCAAAUUAAUGGGAAAGAAGUGAAGGCCCAAGUCUGGGACACAGCUGAUCAAGAACGUUUUAGAGCGGUUACAUCUGCUUACUAUAGAGGUGCUGUUGGAGCCGUUUUGGUCUACGACAUCACUAGGCGCCGGACUUUUGAUAACAUCAACAGAUGGCUUAAAGAACUUUACACACACUGUGAUAUGAACGUAGUCACGAUUCUUGUGGGCAACAAGUCCGAUCUUAAAGAUGAGAGGGAAGUUUCGAUGGAUGAAGGUAAGUCGUUGGCUGAAGCAGAGGGUGUAUUUUUUAUGGAAACUUCAGCUCUUGAUUCGCUGAAUGUGAGUAGUGCGUUCCAGAUGGUUGUGAAAGAGAUUUACAGCAUCUUCAGCAGGAAGAUCAUGAUGCAAUCUGAAGCAGUCAAGAACGAUGAUUCUUGUUGGAGAGGGAACGGAAAGACGGUUGUUUUAGAGGUGGGUAUUGAAGAUGGUCGGCCGAAAAGUGGCUGGUGUUGUUCAUCUUAGAAGUCAAUAAAUACGAGCUCGUUUCGUUUUGUAGACUGCUGUUGGUAUAAGUUCCAAGAUUUGAAUCUUGCCCAUGUGAUUUGUAAUUUGUUGGUUGAAAAUGAUUAAUUUUUGUAUUAGAAGAUGUAAAUUCGAAAAGAAGAAAUAGAUGAUUUUGUUAUAA